AUUUAAGAGUUUAUCAAUUAUGGUAACCUAGUGUUUCCUUCUCCCCUCCUAGUUUCCCCUUCCCUGUUUUUUGUUGUUGUUUUGAUUAUUCUCUAUUUCAUAAAUGAUGGCUAUUCCAUCACAAUGUUCAUUGGAAUUACAUACAGAUUCAUCAUCUCAUCUAUUAACUAAACCAACUACACAUAUUACAAAUAAUGAUUAUUUAUCUUAUUCAAUAAAUCCAAUGAUCGAAUCAAUAAUUGAUUCAUCAAAUAUUGAUCAAUUGACUAUAAAAUCAAUAAAUCAUCAUCAUACUAAUAAUAAAUCAAUAUCAUCGAAUUCUACAAAUGAUUGUCCUAUAGAAACACAAUUAUAUAAUGAAGAAGAGAAAAUUUUAACACAAUGUUUAAUCCAUAAUGAUAAUCAUAAUAAUACUACUAUUAAUAAUAAUAAUACUACUAAUAAUAGUAAUCAAUUAUUAAAUGAUGAUUUAUUAUUAAAUGAAUUCUAUUAUGAUCAUGAUCUAUUACAUAAUCCAUAUUUAUAUAAUACAUAUUAUGAUAUUGAUUAUGAUUUAACUGGAAUGACACCAUUCAAUCAUUCAUCAUUAAUGAAUAAUACAGGUUUAACAAGAUCUACAAGAAAAAUUGAUAAUGAUCCAACUAUUUUAUUAACUUUAUUAAAAUGGGCACGUAUUGGUUCAAAUCAAUUUCAUGGUGAUGAUGAUCAAAUUGAUCGAAUGAAUUAUCAAUAUACAAGUGUAUUAUUAUUAAUUUUAUUAACAUUAACUGGAUUUCGACAAUAUUUAUCUCAUCUCCCAUUACAAUGUUGGAUACCUCAAGAAUUUUCACGUAGUUGGGAAGAAUAUGCUGAACAUUAUUGUUGGGUAACAAAUACAUAUUUUGCUAAUGUUCAAUCAGCUAUUCCACCUGUUAAUAAUCGUACAACAGUUGUACGUUAUUAUCAAUGGGCUACAUUUGUAUUCAUAUUACAAGCUGCUGGAUUUUUUCUACCAUGUCUUAUUUGGAGAUUACUUCAGAAUCAUUCAGGAUUUCAUGUUCAACGAAUAAUGCGUAGUGCAAUUCGUUUAAAUUGUGCUGAACCAGAUUCAUCACAAUUAAUUACAUAUGGAUUGGCACGAUAUAUUGAUAAUGUUAUUUAUCAUAGAUCAUAUAAACAAUGGCGUGUUCAUUCACCAAAGAUAAAGUCACAUUUCAAACAUAAAUCAUCACAGAAUAAUUCUAUGAUCAAAUCCACUCAAACGUCUACUUCUCAUACAUCAUCCUCUACAACAUUGACAUCAACAUCACAUGAUAUUGGCACUGAGACAAAACUUGUUAAAUUUGAAAAUGAAUCAUUGCCAACAAAACAAACAUCAUAUCCAUGUAAAACUUUAACAAAUGAAUCUACGGUGUCAAGAAGUUAUAAAAAACAACCUGCACCACAACCGCCAGUAACCACCACCAAUUCUACUACUGCUACUACUACUAGUACUACUACAAUUACUACUACCACCACCACCACUACUACUACUACUACUACUACUUCCACAACUACUGUUAUUACUACUAAUACUACAACUGCAGCUGUUAUGGUCACUACAAAAAAUUCUUUAAAAGUAAACUCUGAUCAAAUCAUUUAUACAUCUAGUCCUAUAUUAAAAUCUACAUCUAAUGUUACACAAUCAAAAUGGAAUUCUUUAUCAUCAAAACAAAAUGAUCAUAGAAAAUUCUAUUCACCUAUAUGUAAUACAUGUGGAUUAUGUUUUAAUAAUUUAUCAAUAAUCGAUAAAAAAAUAAAAACAAGAUCAAUUCAAUCAUUAGUAACUACUUCUACAAUAACAGAAAUAUCACCACCGCCACCAUCAUCAUCAUCACCACCACCACCAACAACAACAACGCCAACCGAGUUAACAACCGGUGCAAGAUUAUUCAACUCAAAGAAUAAUUCAAAAUUACAAACUUCUCAAUUAACAGUGAAUCGACCUCAACAAAAAUCAUCAUCUUCAUCCUCAUCUUAUUGGUCAUAUUAUAAUAAUAAACAACAAUCAAUGAAAUCUAAUAAACAAUCAUUAUUACAUAAUUAUAAAUCUAAAUCUAAAAUAUUUUCUAUUAAAAAUACAUGUUAUCAAUUAAUAUAUAAUUUAUGGUUAUUUUUACGUUGUUUCUUAACCUUAUUAUGUUUAUUACCAACAUGUUUAUUUCAUUGGUUGCUAUGUGGUAACGGUGUUAGUGGUGGAGGUGGGUAUGGUGGGAUUGGUGGUGGUGGUGGUAAUCAAAAAAUUAAAAAAAUUCAACGUAGUCAUAGUUUUUUAUUUUAUUUAUAUGUUACUAUCAAAUUAUUAUAUUUAAUAAAUAUAAUUGGACAAUUAUAUUUAAUGCAAAUAUUUCUUGGUGUAAAAUCAUAUUUUUUUGGUAUCUAUGUAUUAAAAGAUUUAAUUUAUGGGAAUAUAUGGAGUGAAACAGGACAUUUUCCACGUGUAACCUAUUGUGAUUUUGAAGCGAAAAAAUUAGGAAAAAAUUAUAAAUAUACUUUACAAUGUGUAUUACCAUUAAAUUUAUUUUUAGAAAAAGUUUAUGUAUUUUUAUGGUUUUGGUAUUUAUUUAUUGGUUUAUUAACAUUUUAUAGUUUAAUCAAAUGGUUAUUACGUUUAACUAUACCUAAAAAACAAAUCAAAUUUAUUAAAAAAUUUUUAUAUUCAUAUCAAUCAAUUAAUCAAUCAAUAAAUCAAUCAAUCAAUUUAAAUCAAUUUAAAUUAUUUAUAAAUCAAUAUUUAAAUCUUGAUGGUAUAUUUGUUUUAUGGUUAUUAUCAAUGAAUAUGAAUGAUAUUAUGAUGAAUGAUUUAAUUAGAAUAUUAUGGAAUUUAUUUUUAACAAGAUUAUAUACAAUACAAUCAAUCACUAUAUCAAAAAUCAAUAAUCCAUUAAUGAAUUCAAUGAAUGAACAUCAAAAAAAAUUCUCUUAUUUAUAUCAAUCAAUGAAUAGAAAUCAAUCAAAUGUAUUAAUAAAAUCAAUAAUCAAUGAACAAAAUGAUAAUAAUAAUAAUAAUAAUAAUCAAUUAUCUAAUUAUCAUUACAUUACAUCAUUGAAGAAAUAUCCAAUUACAAAUUAUUCAAAAUCAUUUCUAUCUAAUGAUCAUAUUGAUCCUAUAUUCUAUUUAAAUAAUAAUAAUAAUAAUGAUCCUUUAUUAUAUUCUAAACAAUUUCAUUCAUGUUGCCAUCCAGUAACUAAGUAUGGGGAAACAAUGAAUGUUACUAAUCAUAAUAGUAAUAAUAAUAGUGAUAAUAAUAUUAAUAAUAAUAUUAUGAACACUUGUCAUUCAACAGAUAUAUUUGAAAGUUCCGAUAGCAUUGUAUAACACAUACAUAUUCAUCAUGAUGAGUUUUUGUGUAUGUUUGUGUCUGUGUGAAUUUUAUAUAAAAUAAAACAUAUGCUCAUUUGUGACUGGCUUCAAGAAGUAUUUCAUGAAGGUUUGAUGAGAAACAGUGAUCAGUGGAGUUUAACUGUAUCUAUUAUGAGAUAGUAACUCAUUGAUGAGAAUGGUAGAUGUGUC